CUCCCUGUUCGUUUUUCUAACCUCUACAUUUCUAAUGCUCUGAGCCCUAUAUAAACAGUUGAUUCUGUCGAGUAGCAAAUUUCAUCCACUACUACAACAACCUGCGACACUUCUAACUACAGAUCUCGUACUUCAGUCUAUAUUCAAUACCCCGUUGCUUUUACAACAUCUUAUUCCCAACAUACCUUCACCAUGACGACAGCUGCACCUCUCCCAACACCCGCCCACCAACUCUCCAACCCCCAACCUUCCCUUCAACCCUCAAAAUCUGAUGACGUAAACUUCCAAGGCCUCCCCAUUCCCCGUGGCCCCGUCACUGCAUCCCUCUCCUUCUACCAAGCCCCCGCCGACGGCUCCUCACCCUAUAACUACGUCGAAGUCCCCAAAGACGGCACUCCACAGCGCAACUUCGGGACCGACUGGCACGACGUCGUGAUCGACGACCUGCGCGGGCAAGAAGAAAAGUUCACUCUGGACAACAACGCCUUUGCCGUAGUAUCCAACGUCCCAUCUAACGAAUACGACUUCCAGGACGACGAAAAGAUCAAGAAAGUGUACUACCCCGAAGUCGAAAAACUGCUCCUUGAAAACCUCCCCGGCGCGCACAAGGUCCUCAUCUUCGACCACACCAUCCGCCGUUCCAACCCUGAUGCGCCUCGCGCCCCUGUGGUCCGCGUGCACAUCGACCAGACCCCUUCAUCUGCGGAGGAACGCGUGAGACUGCAUCUCCCGGACGAAGCGGAGGAGUUACUCAGAGGCCGCUACCGCAUCAUCAACGUCUGGCGUCCGCUCAAUGGGCCUGUGAUGGCGCAUCCUUUGGCCGUCGCGGAUAGUGCUACGGUGCGCGAUGAGGACUUGAUUCCUGUCGAGCACCGGUAUCCAAAUCGGACGGGCCAGACUGCCGCGGUGAGGUAUCAUCCCGGGCAGAAGUGGUAUUAUUGGUCCGGCAUGAGGAAUGAGGAUCGCUUGUUUUUGAAGUGUUUUGAUAGUGAUGAGUUGGUGGGUGCGUGGGGGAGGGUGCCGCAUACGGCGUUUGUGGAUCCGAGGACGCCAGAGGGCGCGGUGGGUAGGGAAAGUAUCGAGGUUAGGGCAUUGGUGUUCGGGUGACAUCGUAAUGCUGUUAUUUGGGAAUCGGGCUGGCUUAUAAUGAUAUGAUGUUGGAUGGACGAUUGAAUGCACCGUUCGGGGUUAGGGCGUUUGGUGGAUGUUUUAUAUACCUAAUUGGCGAAUCUAUAUUGGUACUAUAUCGA